CGGAGUGAAAGCCAGGUGGGUUUGACCGCAGGUGCUGGGCAUCUGGGUCGGAUUGCAAGGACUGUGGUUGUGAAAGCUUCCGUCGGCCGUGGUAAUCUGGCUGGAACGAAGGGUAGGAUUAUGUGGACCAUAGAGAGUCAGUCUUAAGUGAGGUCAGUCAGGGGGGGAUGUCUAAGUGGUGAGGAGCGGAACCGUUACUUGGUUGUGCACCUAUCACCAUGGUUGACACGCGUACUGGAAAGAGUACCUCCCCUUAUACAGCAGAAGAGGAGGCAAAGGCCGCCGCCAUCCUAAAAGAGAGAAGAGAGAAGGAGGCCAAGAAGAAGCCUUGAUAGAGGAACAGGCGGCGAAGUUGAAGAAGAUUGAACAGAAGAUGGCCAGAGAGAAGGAGAGGCUAAAGAGAGAAGAGGAAGCGAAGCUCAAGGCGGUAGAAGAGGAGGAAGAGGAGGAAGAACAACCACUGGAAAGGCGAAGGGCAGGAGGACGAGGUGAACCCAGUGGCACAAAAGAGGAUCAAAUGGAGAAGAAAAUUACAGAGUGGGUUGCUGGAUUAUCCCUGGGAGAAGAUGAGGAGGCCCUAAUGUAUGUGCCCAGGGAAGAACAGGAGGCGGCCGUGAAAGAGUGGGAUGUUGAAGAAGAUCCACUCAAGCGGCAAGUUUUGGAAGAUGAGAAAAGGAUGGAGUGGAAGUUUCGUCUAACAAGGGAAAGGAAAAGAAGGAUGGAGGCGGCGAGCCAGGCGGCGAGGGAAUUGGAGGAGAUAAAGAAGGAGAGAGACCAAAUGGCGAUGCAGGUGAAUUUAUUGGGAAAGAUUAAAAUUAUGGCGAGAAACAUAGAAGGCCUGGCACAAGUCCAGGAAGAACAAUUUUUAUUUGGUAGAAGUCAAGACAUUGUCGCGCGUUCAAUCCAAUUGGGACUCAGGGACUUUGCACGAGAAUUGGCGACUCAGGUGGGUUCCAAAGUAUUGACCCGCCUAGAAGGCACAGAACGAUACUGCACCGGCGCCAUAGAAGGCGCCAGACUGACCGCUCCCAAAGAGGAGGAAGUACGUCCCCAUAGGGAGUCUGUCAAAGUCAAGUUUCCCGAUUCCUACAGCGGGAAGAAGGAGGAAAACUUUGACAAUUGGGAGGCCAAUGUUAAGACCUACGUGCAUUUGCAAAAGGUCUCCCCAGAUGAGCAUGUUCUAAUAGUUAUCCAAUCCCUGAAGGAGGAAGCCGCUUGUUUCGCCCGUUCUCUGGUUUGCACUGCUAAUUGCAAUGAUGAUCUAGUCGCUUAUUAUGCGUUUACUCCCCUCGCCGAUUUCCUUAAAUUAUUGCGCGAAGGAUUUGCAGACGUUUCGCACAGCGUCAAAGCUUCCGACAGGCUGCAAACCAUCCACUCUCGUCAGUGGAAGAGUGCCAAGGCACUCAAAGGCGUUAUGGACGAGUUACUUGCAGUCCCUGACCACGGGGUCACAGAGACCCAGUUGGUCAACCUCUUCUACCGGGCUAUGCCCGAAUCCUAUCUGCAUUCGAUCGAGCCCAAGAUAAUUCACAGAGAUGUGAAGCCGUCAAAUGUGCUGCUGGACGAGAUGUAUAACGCCAAAGUUUCGGAUUUUGGAAUUUCGAAAGAAUCAAUGUCAGCCGAUUACGAGAUUACCAAAAUUAAGGCAAAGAAAGCUCUUUUCUCAAAGUCAGGGCACACGAUCGUCGAUCAGGCUCUCCGCGACAACUUCCCGGAGGAAAGUGCGCAGGAACUCGGCGAUCUCGUUCGGGCCUGCACAUACGAGACCCGGAACUACCGCCCGACUAUGGCAAGAGUACUGCAAGAGUUGGAACGGCUUUACGAGCCUCUGUGUUGCGCUUCGUAGUCUUUUCAGGGGAGUCGUCACGACCCGGCAUUCCCAUUCCCGGCUUUCUUUCCUAAUCAAGGUAGAGUCUCCGGGGGUAAUUCUCUGGCAGGCGUCGGUGGCAGUUGCAGCACUUUCUCUGCAAACUCGCGGAAGUUAGGGCGUACUCGCAGUUGGACCUUUUCGACUGAGCUCUGGACGUAAUUGCAGUCAAAUACAUCUAGAUCAGGCUGUAAUUCCGGUCGGAUGCAUCCAGAAAAGUCCCAGUGCGGGUAUGCACUUAGACGCAGCGGCAAUUCUGGGGCUUAAACAAGCGAGAGCAUGGAAAUAUCUUAUUAGGGCUGUGACACUAAGCAUGUUUAGUGUUUGAGGGGAGAUUCUACCAAAGCAGCUGGUGCUGUAGCAGUUCCGUAUCCUGCCGACUCGCUGACAGAGUGCAGUUAUCUGACAUUGUGCCGUGUCAUUGACGGGAGCGAAUGAAAGCGAAUGAAUGCA